UUCAUAGCUCUCUGUUUAGGAAUAUGGCAGUGGAUGACAGCAUCCAGGGAAACCUGCCCAAAGUAAAUGCUGAGGUUUACUCCUGAGAAAGCGGCUCUAACAUCAGUUUGCAGCCUCCAGACCCUGCACCACUCUCCCUGAGGUUAACACAAAGUGUAAAAUACUGAUUUGCAGGCUCUAAAAUAAAACUGACCACGGAGCAGGCUUUUAAUAAAUUUCCUCUGUGGAAGCGCAACCUGACAUUUCAUGCUCUACACGUCACUGCCCUGUGCAAUCUCUUGACUUCGGCAUGCAUCAUUUAACUGGGGUAAGCUUAACUAAUCUUGAGGGAAUGAGCUCUGAAAUGGGCUGCUGUUACAUACGAGAUUAGUCCAACAAUAAAGGACCAGUUUAGCGGGGAUACACUUAGCUCAUACUAGAGGACGCAAGCACUGUUUAAUAAAAGAACAAGGAUCAAUGGAGCAGGCGUGGAGACGUGCACAUUCCUCUCCUGACAAUUCCCACCUAUCUGCUGGGCGGUCCUGAAUGUGUCUUUUAGGCUCUUUCUUCCCUGCGUUGAUAAGGAAAAGGGAGGAACAAUGACACUUAAUUGCUGUACUAAGUUUGAGAUCCAAGACUAGAUUGUACUUGAGCAGCCUAUUGUUCGGAUAUCAGGUGCUGAGGAAUCUGCUGAAGCUGGUAAACAAUGCACAGGCGUGGCGGCAGCAAGAAGGCCCUGCUUUUCAAUGCAGAAAUCGCUGAGGACAACUUUAGCAGAUAAGCAAAGUUACUCAAAAGAAAUCUAAAAAUAUUUGAAAGUCAAGUCAGUUCUUCUGGAAACGAUGAGGAAGUCCCAGCCAGACAACAAUCUCUUAACAGCCAAACCAACGAGGCAACAAGUUUGUUUUUCUUUAACAAGGUCACACUGGACAUCAAAACAGAACUUUUGAGGGGGUAACUUGAAGAAAAUUAAAAUGGGACGAGUAUUCACAGGCAACAUUCCUUCCAACUACAGCUUUUGCUAAUCAGAACAAAGUGGCUUUUUCCUGAACUACCCUGAGCAACAUCAAUUCAAAAGCAGACGUUUCCAGCUGCAGGACUCCGAGCUCCCAGAUCUGCUGCAGACAGUCAGGAAAGCAGUGAAUGCACCUCGUACAUCCACGGGACACUAAGAGCCUACACAGCAGGUAUUUAGAGAAAAGCACAGUGCAAACUACAGCUUUCCCCUUCUGUCCUCUCUCACUCUCAGUGAGAAAUCCUGACUCGAGCAGCCAGCCUGGCAAACUGCUCUGACACAAGGGGAGCGCACGAUGAGGGAAACCCAGCAGCAGCAGCGGUGUGUGAGCUGCGUGUCACCCGAGGAGACCCGAGCCCAACAUGCCGCUGCACCAACACAGCUGCCUGUCAGUCAAACGGGCCCCGGGCACUGCCACCCCGAGGAGCUGCGGCUGUUUUUAGCCAUCCAAGAAGGGCAGUGACAUUUAUUUGACCGUCAGAAGGCGGCUGCGGACCGGUUGUUGUGUUUUGAAACAGCAUCCUCCGGCUAGAGCAGUGGUCUGGCAGGGGUUCAUCGCACGGCGGGGAGUGCCUUGCUGAAAGAGGGGCAAAAAUAAAUCAACGCAGAACAAAUGCACGAAUAUGAAGUAUUUUCACAGACGCACAGGUGGCUGCUUGGUAGGUCAGGGGACCGGACAUGCGAUGGAGUCUGUAAAUGACCAUAUUUCUGAUUAUAUCCAGCUUCCACUUGAAGCAGGUAGAGUUACCAGGCUGUGAUCCUGUACCAGACCCCAAGCACGCUAACACCACGAGGCAUUCCCAAAACGCGCACAAAACCCCUCAGCGCUGAGCAGCCCCCGAGUUCCUCCACACACACACACAAACGGCGGCGCUGAAAAAGCCCGGCGACAGGCGCAAGGAGUUGGAGGGACACCGCCAACUCUAAGACCCAGCACAAAGAAGGAAGAAAAUAAAAAUAAAAAGGAUCCAGAAGCAGAGCCACGAGGGAAGUUUGAGGUACAGAGCAGAACUCCAUAGCAAAUACGUGGCCCAGUCCCAAAGAUGAUUUCUGAAAAGCGAGCCCUGGGCAGGAGGAGGUACGACGAGGACCUCUCGGACGUGGAGGAGAUCGUCAGCGCCAGGAGCUUCGACCUGGAGGAGAAGCUGCGGAGCCGGGCGUACGGCGGGGACUUCGUGCGAGCCAUGGACGGCCGAGAUUUUACUUUUGAGUAUGUGCAAAGAGAAGCUCUCAGAGUUCCCCUUAUCUUCAGAAAUAAGGAUGGACUGGGAAUUAAAAUGCCUGACCCGGAUUUCACCGUCAGAGAUGUGAAGCUAUUAGUGGGAAGCCGACGGAUAGUGGAUGUGAUGGAUGUGAACACGCAGAAAGGUGUCGAAAUGAGCAUGUCUCAAUUUGUGAGGUACUACGAAACACCGGAGGCCCAGCGCGAAAAACUCUACAACGUCAUCAGCCUGGAGUUCAGUCACACGAAGCUGGAGAACAUCGUCAAGCGCCCCAAUGUGGUGGACUUAGUCGACUGGGUGGAUAAUAUGUGGCCGCAGCAUUUGAAGGAGAGACAGACGGAUGCUACCAAUGCUAUUUCAGAGAUGAAAUACCCAAAAGUGAAAAAGUACUGUUUGAUGAGUGUGAAAGGAUGCUUCACUGAUUUUCAUAUUGAUUUUGGUGGCACUUCAGUGUGGUAUCACGUUUUCCGUGGGGGGAAGAUCUUCUGGCUGAUUCCGCCUACUCUGCAGAAUCUAGAACUUUAUGAAGAAUGGGUGCUCUCAGGAAAGCAAAGUGAUAUCUUUCUGGGAGACAGGGUGGAAAGAUGCCAAAGAAUUGAACUCAAACAAGGCUAUACGUUCUUCAUUCCUUCAGGGUGGAUACAUGCGGUUUAUACUCCGGUAGAUUCUCUGGUGUUUGGUGGAAAUAUCCUGCAUAGCUUUAAUGUUCCCAUGCAGCUUCGCAUCUAUGAAAUUGAGGACAGAACAAGGGUGCACGCCAAAUUCCGUUAUCCUUUCUACUAUGAAAUGUGCUGGUAUGUUCUGGAGAGAUACGUGUCCUGUGUGACCCAGCGCUGCCACCUCAGCAAAGAGUACCAGAGAGAAUCAAUGUUAAUUGAUGCAAGAAGAAAACACAGCAUAGAUAGCUACUCAUCAGAUUCGUGGUUAGACAUGGAUGAAGAAUCUUGUGAUGCCCAUAUCCAGGAGGAAAAGGAUGACAGCUUGGAUAAGAACUCCAAAUCCCUGGUGGAUGGCUCCUCCUCGCCCAACAGCACGCACUCAGAGGAAAAGGAGGGUGCAGGGAGAAAACAGAAAGCCACAGUAAUGAGGUACCUAAAAAGAACUUUGUCUAAUGAAUCAGACGACAGUGUAAAAUCAACGACCCCCACGGAUUAUCCCAAAACGCCAACGGGGUCUCCAGCUACAGAAGUUUCAACCAAAUGGACUCACCUCACAGAAUUUGAACUGAAGGGUUUAAAAGCCCUGGUGGAAAAGCUUGAAUCUCUCCCAGAGAACAAGAAGUGUGUUCCAGAAGGCAUCGAGGAUCCGCAGGCUCUCCUGGAGGACAUGAAGAACAUACUGAAGGAACAUGCUGAUGAUGACCAAAAUCUUGCCAUUUCGGGUGUCCCUGUGGUCAGCUGGCCCAAGAAGACCCCAAAGAACAGGGCAGUCGGACGGCCCAAAGGGAAGCUGGGCACUGCUUCUGCGGUGAAGCUCGCAGCUAACCGGACGACCGCUGGAGCACGCCGGAGGAGGACGCGAUGCCGCAAGUGCGAGGCGUGUCUGCGGACAGAGUGCGGCGAGUGUCACUUCUGCAAGGACAUGAAGAAGUUCGGGGGGCCUGGCAGGAUGAAACAGUCCUGCAUUAUGAGGCAGUGUAUCGCACCGGUGUUGCCUCAUACUGCUGUAUGUCUGGUGUGUGGAGAAGCUGGGAAAGAGGACACUGUGGAAGAGGAGGAGAGCAAGUUUAAUCUCAUGCUAAUGGAAUGCUCCAUUUGUAAUGAAAUAAUACACCCAGGAUGCCUUAAGGUGAAGGAAUCAGAUGGUGUGGUUAACGAUGAGCUGCCGAACUGCUGGGAGUGUCCAAAGUGCAACCAUGCAGGGAAAACUGGAAAAGCGUACAAGCAAAAGCGCGGACCAGGAUUCAAAUACGCAUCAAAUCUCCCAGGCUCAUUGCUGAAGGAACAGAAAAUGAACAGAGACAAUAAGGAAGUAACAGAUGCUGCAAAACGGAAAGGGGACUGUGAAGAAACUCCCAGGCGGAAAUCUGAGGAACAUUCCAAAAAGACUCAAGUUGACUCAAUACUGAGGAGAAAGUCAGACGAAGUACAUCUGCGGAGGAAAAGGAAAUUUGAGAAACCCCAGGAACCCUCUAUGAGAAAACGGCGGCGAUCGUGGAAGGCUUCAGAUGACCGAGCUGCCAUGAUCAAACCCCUGCGGCGCCUCAAGCAGGAGCCGGAGGAUGAGCUGCCAGAAGCACCCCCCAGGUCCAAGGACAGUGACCAGUCGCGCUCCAGCUCGCCCACCGCGGGUCCCAGCACAGAGGGCGCCGAGCCCAGGGACAAGAAGAAGUUCAAGAUGAGGCGGAAAAGGCGGCUUCCCAAUAAGGAACUGAGCAAGGAGCUCAGCAAGGAGCUCAACCAGGAGAUCCAAAAAACCGAGAACAGCCUUGCCAAUGAGAAUCACCAACCCAUCAAAUCCGAACCGGAGAGUGAAAACGAGGAGCCUAAGCGCGCUUUGAGCAACAGCGAGAGACUGCAUAGGUUCAACAAGGGUUUGAACGGGACUCCCCGGGAGCUGAGGCACCAGCUCAUCCCCAGCCUGCGAAGCACCCCUCGGGGAAUAACCCGGCCCCCGCCUUCGCUCUCUCCUCCCAAAUGCAUUCAGAUGGAGCGGCACGUUAUCCGGCCGCCUCCCAUCAGCCCCCCUCCGGACUCGCUCCCCCUGGAUGACGGGGCAGCCCACGUGAUGCAGCGGGAAGUCUGGAUGGCUGUCUUUAGCUACCUCAGUCAUAGAGACUUGUGCAUCUGUAUGAGAGUUUGCAAGACCUGGAACAGAUGGUGCUGUGACAAAAGAUUAUGGACCAAAAUAGAUUUAAACCAUUGUAAAUCCAUCACUCCACUUAUGCUUAGUGGCAUUAUUAGGAGACAGCCUGUAACCCUUGAUCUUAGCUGGACAAAUAUAUCUAAAAAGCAGCUGAGCUGGCUUAUCAACAGACUGCCAGGUCUUCGAGACCUGCUGUUAUCAGGGUGCUCAUGGAUAGCAGUGUCAGCACUUUGUAGUUCCAGCUGUCCUUUACUCCGAACUCUGGACGUGCAGUGGGCAGAAGGCCUGAAAGACGCCCAAAUGAGAGACCUCUUGUCGCCACCCACAGAUAACCGGCCAGGCUGCAACGGGUGUACUUUAGAGAGUAUGGAAACACUUUCUUCCAGUUCAGGGAAGGAGCAGUUCUGUGGGUCAUGCCACAUUCGCCCGGAUUUCAGCUCAGGUCAGAUCGACAACCGGAGUAAGCUACGGAACAUAGUUGAACUGCGCCUCGCUGGCCUGGAUAUUACCGACGCGUCUUUGCGGCUGAUCAUAAGGCACAUGCCUCUGCUCUCCAAACUCAAUCUCAGUUACUGUAAUCACGUGACAGAUCAGUCUAUUAACCUGCUGACCGCAGUUGGAACCACCACGCGGGAUUCGUUAACAGAAAUUAAUUUAUCAGACUGCAAUAAGGUUACUGACCAGUGCCUGUCUUACUUCAAACGUUGUGGAAACAUCUGCCAGAUCGACUUGAGGUACUGCAAGCAAGUGACAAAAGAAGGCUGUGAGCAGUUCAUAGCAGAGAUGUCAGUAAGUGUUCAGUUUGGGCAAGUGGAAGAAAAACUUCUGCAAAAACUGAGUUAGUUAAAGGACAUGUGUAAAUACUGGGGAGGGGGGGUUGGGGGGGGACUAAGAACAUGUAGGGAUUUUAUUUUCAAUUGGGAACUUGGAAUAUUGGAAGAUGCCGCAAUUGGAUUUUACAACUCUUAUCGAGAACAACGUUAAACUACCCAUGUUAAGAAUUUCAACUUGUGCCACUAAUUCAGUCUACCUGGGAUGUCCUGCACUGGCUCUUAUGCAAAUUCAUAAGGCGACUGUUAUUGAUGAUAAUUGUUCACACCCGGAAGAAGACUGAUCUCCAAGAAAUACUGUUAUUUAAAGUACCACAGCAUGUGCUUGGUAGUGUAAAUUUGAUUUCUGCUUUUCAUUUCUUAAAACAACAAAAAAAAAGUUGGUGUCAUUAAAGUGGACCACGCACUGCAUUUCUGCCUUCUUAACACAUUUUGUUUUGUUACAUCUUACAUUAUGCAGAACUAUUUUUGUACAAAAAUUGUUUAAAAAUUAUUUAUGCAAUGUUUGAAUGCAUUACCAGUGUUUCGGUUUUGAUUGCCAAUUUUUAUCUUUACUUAUGGUAGGAGAGAACUUAACCUAUACUUCGUAGACAGUAUCUAUCUACAAACGUGCCCAGGUCAGGAAAAGUAGGUUAAUACUUUCAACUUAAAGCAUGUUUUAAUGGAAGUUUAUAUCCUGCUUUGUAUACUUCAGAAGUGACAUAAGCAUGUUGUGGAAAUAAGGUGUAAAUUAUAGUUGAAGUAAAACACUUUGCCAAGUUUUAUCUGUAUAGAAAUCACCUUUUUCUCAAAAUUUUAAAAAUUCCAAUUUCAGCUUUUGCACAUAGGAGGGUUUCACUCUGUAGCAUGAGCUCUUGUACUCAAUAUAAAAUUAAUUUAUACAGUGAGUCCAGCAGUAGAAUAAAUGGUCAAACGUAGUCUCUCUUUCUUUGAAGUGUGAGUUGAGUUCUCAUUUAAGGUUUAUAACAUGGUUAUUUCCUGAUUGUAAAAUUCUGCAUUCAUAAGUGCCAUUGUUGUAAGGUGUUGUUUUCGUAGACCUUCCUGAUGCAGUUUUACCUUUGUUGAAUUUGUAUAAACAAUUGUACAAAAACAGA